CUGCUUCUCUAUACCAGAUACGUGGUGUGAUAACCGUUGCGACACACUGCAAUGCAGUGAAUCAGUCUUUGCCGGGAGCUCCUGAGUUGCUGCUGAGACCGCCUGCAUACAAUUCACCAUGGCCAUCACGUCGGUCCAGCCGGUUCUUCCAACCCGGUUUGCCAUCAAUUCGUCCGAGAAAGGCGCCGCGAAGCCUCCUCCGAAGGCAUACAACGCACAGGACCAUCCUUUCAAAGGCUACCAUGCCCCCCAACCCGAAGGCUACAACAAGAGCAAGGGCACGAGCGCCAUAGUUAUCGACAAUGGCUCCAACCUGGUCAAGGCCGGUUGGUCGUUCGACAAAACCCCUCGUUUCGUCAUCCCCCCUGUGAUGAGUCGUUAUCGCGAUCGGAAACUCAACAAAGCCUGUCAGUUCAUCGGAUACGAUUCCUACGUGGAUGCUACGACGCGCGGCCAGCUGCGCUAUGCAUUUGACCCUGGUACGAGUGUGGUGGGCAACUGGGAUGUCAUGGAGGGAGUGCUGGACUAUCUGUUCAUCAAGCUUGGGGUCGAUGGAGCCAACGGGGGUGUUGACCGGCCGAUUGUCAUGACCGAGCCUAUCGCGAACCUCAGCUAUCCCCGAAAGAUGAUGAACGAGAUUUUGUUCGAAUGCUAUUCUGCGCCGUCGGUCGCCUACGGUAUCGACUCUCUGUUCUCUUACCGAUACAAUCGCGGAAAGGAUGGUCUUAUCGUCUCGUCUUCCCACACUUCGACCCAUGUGAUUCCUGUGUUAAAUAACAAGGCUUUGCUAUCCAACUGUUCGCGACUAAAUUGGGGUGGACUACACGCAUCCGAGUAUUUGCUUAAGCUGAUGCGCCUGAAAUACCCGACCUUCCCUGCGAGAAUGACCGAGAGCCAGAUGGAGGAUCUUGUACACAAACAUUGCUACGUCUCCAAGGACUACGACCAGGAACUGAGCCGCUACCUGGACUGGACGGGUCUUGAAGACAGAGAUCGUAUCGUCCAGUACCCCUAUACUGAGCAUGUUGUACCCGAAAAGACCGAAGAAGAACUUGCACGGAUUGCGGAGAGGAAGAAGGAAAGUGGGCGUCGGUUGCAAGAGCAGGCCGCAAAGAUGCGACUGGAAAAGCUGAUGAAGAAGGAGCAAGAGCUGGAGUACUACAAGGAUCUACAGCAUGGACUUGCCUCCGAAACGAAGAAGGAAGCGCGGCGGAUUCUCGAAGCCGAAGAUCUGAAGGACGAGGCGCACCUGGACCGAUUGAUUCGGGAUCUUGAGCGUUCCAUCAAACGGUCUCGAAACCGAGACUUGGGGAUCGAAGAAACCGAAGAGCCCCAGGAGGAGAUGUCAUUCCCGUUAUUGGACGUGCCAGAUGAGGAGCUAGACGAAGCCGGUCUGAAGGAGAAGCGCCAUCAGCGACUCAUGAAGUCCAACGUCGAAGCCCGACAGCGCGCCAAGGCGGAGAAGGAGCGAGAGAAGGCCCGUCGUGAGGAGGAAGAAAGACUUGACCGUGAGAAGCGAGAGAACGAUUUCGAGAAUUGGCUGGCUGAGCGAAGAGCAUCGCGACAGAGCAUCCUACAGAAGAUCAAGGAACGUGAUAGGAUGAAGGCGGAUCUCGGCAACCGCAAGUCCCUGGCCAGUCAGAUGCGCAUGAAGACCCUUGCCAACCUCGCCGCGGAUGGCCCCAAGAAGCGGAGGCGAGGUGGGGACGACGACAACUUUGGCGCCAACGAUGAAGAUUGGGGUGUGUAUCGAACUGUGGCUACGGGUGAACAGAGUGACGAGGAGGAAGAGGAGGAUCUUGGGGGCAUGCUCGACUCGGUUGAAAAGGAGUUGCUUGAGCAUGACCCCGACUUCACCGAGAACCACACGCUUGCGGCGCAAUCCGACUGGACCAAGAGCUUAGUGCACGUCUUCCUGCGGGGCCCCUGGGCUUUUGAUCCUGAAAGCCAGCGUGAGGCUCACCAGCUGCAUCUGAACGUGGAGCGGAUCCGGGUUCCCGAGGUGGUGUUCAAGCCGUCGAUUGCGGGCAUUGACCAGGCCGGGCUACUGGAAGUUGCGGCGGAUAUUGUCAACCAGCGGUUCUCGAAUCCAGACGAACAGGCGAAGCUACUGCGAGAUGUGUUCCUGACCGGCGGCAACACGAUGUUCCAAAACUUCGACGACCGCUUCCGCAACGAGUUCCGGGCGUUCCUUCCGGUGAACUCGCAACUGAAUGUGCGGCGUGCCGCGGAUCCCGUCCUGGACGCAUGGAAGGGGGCGGCGCAGUGGGCAUCGGGGUCGGAGUUACGGAAAUCAUCAAUUACACGACAGGAGUACCUGGAGAAGGGCAGCGAAUACCUCAAGGAACAUGAUCUGGGCAAUGUCACCACGUGGUAGACCCUCGGGGAUC